UAACCUCUUUGCUACAACCUUCCUCCUUCAGCAAACACUCUCUGAUAUAACAUGGAAGAUGAUCAGAGAGAAUCUGAGCUCGAUCUAAGCCUCUCAAUAAGCGUAGGACAAUCACAAUCAUCUCCAAAAACCGAAGAGGCAGAGAGCAACAUGAGGAGCAUGGAGGUCUUGAAAAGACAGAAUGCUGAGCAAAUUCGUCUUGCAGCGGUUGAGAAGGCAUAUGCAGAGAGAGUGAGGGAGCUGACGAGGAGAGAGCUUGAGCUAGCUGAGAAGGAAUUCUCGAGGGCUCGAAUGAUCUGGGAGCAGGCUCGAGAGGAUAUGGAGAAGGUGGAGAGGAUGAAGGCGGCGGCCUCACGAAAGAUCGGCUCUGCUUGUAUCGAGAUCACCUGCCAGGCUUGCAGACAACGGUUCCAGUGGUCUCAGUAGAAGAAUCUCAGAGUUGGGUCAGCAAUUACUUCUCUCUUCAACAAAUAACAUUUGGAAGGAAUAUCUGAUACUGAUAAUUAUCUUUAAAAAAUUUGAAGAAAAAUGUUGCAUUUAAUUGAACUGUCUGACAUUGAUAUUGAUCCUUGAACUUGCAAUUUAAUCUCAAACAGGUGCCUUCUUUGUCUGUAAAAA